CCCAAAGCUAUAAUUGCAGCGCAAAUCCCGCGGUGGCGUCGGUGACUCCCAAGUAUGCCAACCGGUUCUUCCGGCUGAUCAGCACGAUCGCGUACGGCAUUUACCCUUCUCAAAACUGGGCCGCGGACACCCGCCUCCAGCCGGUUCUCGCGCCGCUGCGCACCGAAGGCAAAUGCAGGUCAUCAUGGGCCAUCACAGCAGUGAGCGCAGUGGAGAUGGCGUACGCGUUAGUGGCUGACUCGGUGCCCUCCAUGGCGCCCCCCCAGCGCAUAUCACUACAGCAGGUGCUGGACUGCAAUAACAGCACCAGCAGCAACUGUGCUGACGGCGGGUGGCCCACGGCAGCGCUGGACUACAUGGUGGACGCCACGCGGCUGUGGGGGGGGCUCACUGCCGAGGCAGCGUACUACCCGUACAUGCAGAAGCAGGGCAAAUGCAUCCGGCGCAGGGCGACGGCGAUGGGCAUCACGGGGUACGACCAGGUGGACUUCUACGGCUGGCUGGGCCUGCUGCUCGCUGUCAACACUCAGCCCACCAUUGCAUUCGUGCGAGGCUCCUACCCCUCCUUCCAAACCUACACAGAGGGCACAUACAGCGACCCAGGGUGUGCAGCGGCGGGGGUGGUGGAUCAUAGCGUGGUGGUGAUGGGCUACAGCAUCUCCUCAGACGGAGCCUACUGGAUCCUCCGCAACUCCUGGGGGGGCACCUGGGGCAUGCAGGGCUACAUGCAAAUGGCCGUUGAGGGAGGCGUUGGCAUCUGUGGCAUUCACUCCGUGCCGGCCCUCUACCCCAUCAUUAAGAGUGAGUAG